CAGCACACCGCAGAGAUGUGGGGUGAUGAGCUGGGCAGCGUGGGGGGCCCUGCAGGGAAAGGCGAGCUGUGCACCCUCCGGGGCAGGGGCAGGGUGAGCAGAAACUGUCCCUCUGUAGAGGGUGCAGGCCCAGGCUGGGUGGGACGGGGAGGGGCGGCUCCAGGGCAAGCGCAGCCCGCGUGCGCAGUGACACUGGGCCCCCGGUACCCCGAUCCCGGGCACCUCGAGGCCCACGCAGAGCCGCAGCCCGCCGGGCUCCACCUGCAGGCGAGGGGCGACGGCCGCGCAGCCCAGAGCCUGGAGCGCGCGCCCCGAGCGUUGCCAGGGAAACUGCGCCAGCGGGUUGUGAGCCAUGGCUGUGUGGAUCCAGGCCCAGCAGCUGCAGGGCGACGCGCUUCGCCAGAUGCAGGCGCUGUAUGGCCAGCACUUCCCCAUCGAGGUGCGCCACUACCUGGCCCAGUGGAUAGAGAGCCAGGCCUGGAGCACAUCAAAGCCACGCAGCUCCUGGAGGGCCUGGUGCAGGAGCUGCAGAGGAAGGCGGAGCACCAGGUGGGGGAGGAUGGGUUUCUGCUGAAGAUCAAGCUAGGCCACUACGCCACGCAGCUGCAGAGCACAUAUGACCGCUGCCCCCUGGAGCUGGUCCGCUGCAUCCGGCACAUCCUGUACAACGAGCAGAGGCUGGUCCGCGAGGCCACCAAUGGUAGCUCCCCGGCCGGAGGCCUCGCCGACGCCCUGUCGCAGAAGCACCUGCAGAUCAACCAGACCUUUGAGGAGCUGCGGCUGGUGACACAGGACACAGAAAAUGAGCUCAAGAAGCUGCAACAGGCCCAGGAGUACUUCAUCAUCCAGUACCAGGAGAGCCUGCGCGUCCAGGCCCAAUUUGCGCAGCUGGCGCAGCUGAGCCCCCAGGAGCGGCUGAGCCGGGAGUCGGCCCUGCAGCAGAAGCAGGCAACACUGGAGGCCUGGCUGCAGCGUGAGGCACAGACCCUGCAGCGGUACCGCGUGGAGCUGGCCGAGAAGCACCAGAAGACCCUGCAACUGCUACGCAAGCAACAGACGGUCAUCCUGGACGACGAGCUGAUCCAGUGGAAGCGGCGGCAGCAGCUGGCAGGGAAUGGCGGUCCCCCCGAGGGCAGCCUGGAUGUGCUGCAGUCCUGGUGUGAGAAGCUGGCCGAGCUCAUCUGGCAGAACCGACAGCAGAUCCGCAGGGCUGAGCACCUGUGCCAGCAGCUGCCCAUCCCGGGGCCAGUGGAGGAGAUGCUGGCCGACGUCAACGCCACCAUCACGGAUAUCAUCUCAGCCCUGGUCACCAGCACCUUCAUCAUCGAGAAGCAGCCCCCGCAGGUCCUGAAGACACAGACCAAGUUCGCGGCCACUGUGCGGCUGCUGGUGGGUGGGAAGCUAAACGUGCACAUGAACCCGCCGCAGGUGAAGGCCACCAUCAUCAGCGAGCAGCAGGCCAAGGCGCUGCUCAAGAGCGAGAGCACCCGAAACGAGUACAGCGGGGAGAUCCUGAAUAACUGCUGCGUCAUGGAGUACCACCAGGCCACCGGCACGCUCAGCGCCCACUUCCGCAACAUGUCCCUGAAACGCAUCAAGAGAUCAGACCGGCGUGGAGCGGAGUCAGUGACAGAGGAGAAGUUCACCAUCCUGUUUGAGUCGCAGUUCAGCAUCGGUGGCAACGAACUCGUGUUCCAGGUCAAGACUCUGUCACUCCCAGUGGUGGUCAUCGUCCAUGGCAGCCAGGACAACAAUGCGACGGCCACGGUGCUCUGGGACAAUGCCUUCGCCGAGCCUGGCAGGGUGCCGUUCGCUGUGCCCGACAAAGUGCUGUGGCCGCAGCUGUGCGAGGCGCUCAACAUGAAGUUCAAGGCCGAGGUGCAGAGUGCGAGGGGCCUGACCAAGGAGAACCUGGUGUUCCUGGCGCAGAAGUUGUUCAGCAGCGGCAGCAGCCACCUGGAGGACUACAGCGGCAUGUCCGUGUCCUGGUCGCAGUUCAACAGGGAGAACCUGCCAGGACGGAACUACACCUUCUGGCAGUGGUUUGACGGGGUCAUGGAGGUGCUGAAAAAGCACCUGAAGCCGCACUGGAACGACGGCGCCAUCCUGGGCUUCGUGAACAAGCAGCAGGCGCACGACCUGCUCAUCAACAAGCCCGACGGGACCUUCCUGCUGCGCUUCAGCGACUCAGAGAUCGGCGGUGUCACCAUCGCCUGGAAGUUCGACUCCCAGGAAAGAAUGUUCUGGAACCUGAUGCCCUUCACCACCAGGGACUUCUCCAUCCGGUCCCUGGCCGACCGCCUGGGGGACCUGAACUACCUGAUCUACGUGUUUCCUGACCGGCCGAAGGACGAGGUGUACUCCAAGUACUACACACCUGUGCCCUGCGAGCGUGACACUGCGAAAGCAGUGGAUGGCUACGUGAAGCCGCAGAUCAAGCAGGUGGUCCCCGAGUUUGCGACUGCAUCUGCGGACAGUGGGGCCAGCGCCACCUACAUGGACCAGGCCCCGUCCCCAGCCGUGUGUCCCCAGGCGCCGUACAACCUGUACCCACAGAACCCGGACUCCGUCUUAGACACAGACGGGGACUUCGACCUGGAGGACACCAUGGACGUGGCUCGGCGCGUGGAGGAGCUCCUGGGCCGGCCCAUGGACAGUCAGUGGAUGCCCCACACACAAUCAUGACCCAGCCUCCUCAGCUUCUCCGUCCUGGCCAGGCCAGGGGAUAGCACUAGGGGACACCAUGUCCGUGACCUGCUUCUCCUUGGAAACAAAGCUUAUAAUGUGAAGUACAGUUCUGGGCCUCAUCGUGACGCUAGUGUUUCUGUGCACGGUGGUAACCGUGCGGGGGCGCACGCAUGCGUCCCUUUGCGUGCCCUUCCUGGCGCUUCUGCCCCUCCCCUCUCCCCUUCUCACCCACCCCCCUCCCGAGCCCCAAGUGGCCCUGCGAUUCCCUCGAGCAGCAAGGAGGUGACUGAGGGGUUGUGUGUGGUGGCCUGUGGCUGCCCCCACAGGAGAAGGACAGAGGGUGGGGAUGCCUCGGGGGUAGGGACAAGGAGGGACAGUUGGCCUCUCUGUGGCCUCCCUCUGUCCAGUCCCCGCCUCUGGGACUGCCACUUGUCUCACACGUGGGCAAGAGGACUGCGCCCUCCCCAGGGCCCUGUGCCCCCACUGCCUCCCAUCCCCGGAUUCCCGAAUGCUUCUUCUUUGUAACGGCUUUGUACAGACACCAAUGUUCUUGUUUCCAAACUGGGUCUUGUUUGGUUUUCUCCUGGACACCCGAAUUGGACACCCAAAUUCUCCCAGCGUGCAUCAGGUCCUAGGCCGUUCACAGCCUGGUCCCUCCUGCUCCUCUCCUGGGCGCCUGGAGCCAGAGCACCUGUCACCUUGCAUGCCAGGCGCUGGCCAGGGUUGGUGACAGGGACCCCAGAGGUUUGUGAGGAAGCCCCAGCCUGGUGCCGCUCCCCAUCUCUCCACAGUCACCCCGGGAGGAAGGGGCAGGCAGAGGGCCAGCGUACAGCUCCCUGGUCAACCCCUCGGCCCCUCUCCUGGAAGGGGCAGGGCGCCCGGGUGAGGUGGCCCGAAAACCUUAUUUUUAUAUGUGAGUAAAUAAACGUAUUUUUUUUACAAAAAUAAUUUCUGAAUUUACCAGUGUUUUGCUGUUGAAGAAGACGACUCUGUAGUAAAUUAUUUAUUGGAAGAUGACCUUUUGCAGAGCUGCUGUUCGCCUUGCCCGGGUUCGUACACUGAUUUAUUUUUUUAUGCCAGGCAGUGGAGCAGGCGAAUCACUGUGUGGGACGUGGAGGCCACCGAACCCCUCCCUUGUCACCCCAGUGUCACUCAGAUGCCCACCCUAGGGGCCCAGGCUCACCCGGCCCUUCCCUGCCAGUCUUAGAGGUGUCCCCAACCGCUGCCUCUGUCCUGGCAGGGCUGGGGCCUUGACCCACUUCCAGGUUGGUGGUGGACACGGUCCCAGGACCGUGGGUACCAGGCUGGACUGGAUGAUGACAGAGAGAGGCCAGGGACUGGACGGUGCGCCCGCUCGCUGCCUGCAUUCUGCACCUUCCUCUGCCUCCCUGUCCCUGCAGCUGCCAGGGAGGCCAGGAAAGCCUGGUCCCCGUCUCCUGCCAUGUGCUUCGCAGGGCUUGUAGAGGGGCGGGGAGGACUCAAGCAGAGCCCCUCUCCUACAAUAAAAGCAUACUUUUAUAAUUUUUUUUCCUCUUCAAACUUAUGAAAUUAUUUGAGAUAUGUAUUUUUAGCAUCAAAGCAGAUUAGUAUCUAGUCAGCAAAGAGUAUCGUGUGCAAUCGGGGCAAUCACCAAACUGCGCAUUUUAUGUUAUUUCUAAUAAAGGCUCCCCCUGCAGGGCCACCCA